AUCUUAUCGUGUAUCUCCGCCCUCCAGAUCGGUCAGUUCUCUUCUGAACAACAUUUGAUUAGAAAUGGUCCGCGCACUGAAAAUCGCGGAUGGGCUAAAUACCUAGGGCUACAUAACGUUGUUUACCACCUUUUGCAUACACCAUUUGCGUGUGUUGGCCCUCACGUCCUGUCUCCACCCACUGAGUGCAACAUGAUCCUCUGGGCUACUAAGACGGACAGUGUGGAGGCGCGAGCGCACCGCAGAUGAAGUGGAAUGGAUAAGUGAGAGAAAGAAAUGGCUGUCCAGAGAAAUACGCCCAUUGAGCAGGGAAGACACAGCUGAUCAAGAAGGGACUUGUGUGACAUGGAAUGCUGUAGUCAGCCUGCUUCUCAAGGGCAAACAUUGAAUGUCACUGCCAAGGCUUUGUCCACAAAUCCCAGGAGAUGAUAAUGGACAACAGUGAGAAGGAUGAGAGUUCCGACUGCUGCCCUCAGGUAGCCGCUCCGGAGCCUCGGCAAGAGCCGUCUACCCCAGACCCUGGUCCCGGAGAGCCCGCAGAGGCAGAGUGUGAGGAGGGGGAUGCGGUGGCACCACAGCCCCCCUCUAACCGACCCCAUCCAGUAGCCAUCGAGGCACCAGAUGGGGGUUGGGGCUGGGUGGUGCUGGUAGCCACUAUCAUGGUGCUGGCCCUAACACUUGCCUUUCCAUCCUGUGUGAGCAUCUUCUAUACAGACCUGCAGACAGAGUUCCAUGCUACCAACAGUGAGACAUCCUGGGUGCCUUCCAUCAUGACUUCCGUUCUCCAUGCUGGAGGUCCCUUCUGCAGUAUGCUGGUGGAGCGGUUUGGUUGCAGGGCCACAGUGAUGUUUGGGGGAGUGAUGAGUGGGAUGGGCAUGAUUUUCAGCUCUUUCACAAACUCUAUGGAGGAGCUCUACAUCACUGCAGGGGUCAUUACAGGUCUGGGCUUCUGUUUCAGUUUUCAGCCUGCGGUCACCAUCCUGGGUCAGUAUUUUGUGCGCCGCCGGCCCUUCGUCAACGCCAUGUCCUCCACUGGAACAGCGCUGGGCUUGACCGUGCUGCCCUUCCUGGGCCACUACCUCCACAGCCAGUACGGCUGGCGCGGCAGCUUCCUGAUCCUGGGGGCCGUGCUGCUCAACUGCUGUGUCUGUGGGGCUGCCAUGAGGCCCCUGAGGAGGCUGCACGCCGGGGCCACGGCUCCUCCUCCCGCGCUCAACGGCAGCGCGGACCCCUCCAGGAAGCAGAGUAGCGAGGCACGGCCGUGCUGGAAGAGCGCGGUGGCGACGCUGCACAAGAACAUGGCCUUCGACCUGUUCUGCAGCAACCUGCGCUUCCGCAUGUUCUCGCUGGGCAUCACGUGGAUGAUGCUGGGCUUUGUGGUGCCGCUGGUGUACAUGGUGCCUUACGCCACCACCUCGGGCAUGGAGCAAAGCCGCGCCGCCCUGCUGCUCUCCAUCCUGGGCCUCAUCAACAUAUUCAUACGCCCGCCCAUUGGCCUGCUCUUCAACAUGCCCUGGUUUAAAGGUCGCCACAUUUACGUGUUUAGCGCCGCCCUGCUGGUGAACGGCCUGAGCAACUGUAUCUGCUGCGUGGGCCCGACCUUCAACGUGCUGCUGGUCUAUGUGCUGACCUAUGGCGUGUCCAUGGCGGUGGUGGGCUCGCUGCUGUUCACCGUGCUCAUGGACACGGUGGAGAUGAGGCGCUUCCAGUCGGCGCUCGGGCUCCUGUCCGUCAUGGAGAGCGUCACGCUGCUCAUCGGCCCACCACUGGCUGGCAUCCUAGUGGACCGAAUGGGCCUCUACACAUGGGUCUUCUUCGCCUGCAGUAUCACAGUGGUGACAUCUGCGCUCUUCCUCAUGCUGUCAUUCUACUGGCUGGACCGCAGGGAUGCCAAGUGCAAGCUGGAGCAACAGGCACCCCCCAACGGUCACCCGCCAAAGCCCUGCGUCACCCUGGUCCCGGAGUGCCAGUACCGCAGCGUGCCCACAGAGGGCGACAGAGACAAAGGUGCUGCUGAGUCCCAGACGGACGGGGUCUAGGUCACCCAUCUGUGUGAGUGGACCUGAUCCUGUGCCUGACCCAACACUCCUGAACACACCCGCGCUGCAGAUAUAGCCAAGUUGUACAUGGGUUUGUGUUGGUCCACAGUUUUUUACUGUGACGCAAGAUGUGCUUUGAAGUUAGGAUUCGGGAGCUUGUUUCAAUCAGCCUUAAUUGAUUAUCUGUUGAUGGCCUCAAAGCCAUGUUGUAUUCACUCAUAUGACUUUCUCCAUCUGCCACUGACAUGGGUGUUAUUGCACAGCCAUCUGGCAGUCGAAUGACUCUCAACAGCAGAACCAAAAUGCCUUUUAGACUAGGCUCCCUCAAAGCUGGCAAGCACUGUGCCAACAGGUAGGAAAUAACUUAGCUAUGUUACAUUUUCGCAGGAUGUACUGUUCACAGAGAUCAUGGAAAUGGACUUCUGUUUUACACUGUACGGGUAUGCAUGGUGAACAUACUGUAGAAACCAUAUGAUAUUUUAGAAUGUUCAGAUGGAAUUUGACAACACAAGCUGUGAUACUGACGGACCAUAAGAAAACGCCAGUGUGUUAAAAGCAUGCUACAUAUAUACAUGCUGUGAAUUCAGUCUCAAGCCAAAUUAAGAAUUUUUGGGACUAUCAGUGUCACAUUCACUAUCCACACUACAAUGACAUACUACUAACCAUAACACAAUGACACAUCCAUACUACUAUCACUGAAUGAAGCUUUCAAGCCAAAGCUGUAUGGUGCCUUUAACCUGCUGUGAUGGAAGGACCAGGCAUGUAUCUGUGUCCACAUGCAGCAUGUGUGCAUUAGUGCACAACUGAUGUUCUUAGGUAUGAGCUACACCAGGCGCGUAACUGAAGCGUUCUGUUCGCGUAGCGUCUGCUGCAACAAUUAGCUGCCACUAUGAUCAAUGGAAGUAGCUACACCAGACGUGAUGGCGGCUUGUACGUUCAAAAAAAAUAUAUCAGUCUUUUAAAAUGGAUUUUACGCGUCGCGAACGGAACGCUUCAGUUAGGCGCCUGGUGUAGCUCAUACCUUAGUGUGCAUUAGUGCACAACUGAUGUUCUUUGUGUGCAUUAGUGCACAACUGAUGUUCUUUGAUUGCAGUUUAUCUUUCUUCAGAAGCUUCCAUACAAGUUCUCUUCUGAACUUAAAUUACACGUCCUAUCAGUAUGAUAUAUUAAUCUAUGUCUCUCUGUCUUUGCCUAUCUGCCGACCAAUUAGUGUGUUCCUCUAUCUGCCCCUCAGUCUGUUUAAAUAUCUCUCUGUAAUUCUCACUUAACAACUGUAUGAGUAAGUGACUGUUCCUUCUUAAGCUUUUGCUGCACUGAACACCAGCAAUGUCCUUAUUGUCUGCUACAGGCUGUAUACUGCUGAUACAUGUCUGUAAGAUGCUUAACGUUUCACUACUGUCUGAAUGUGUUUCUUUUGUACCAGAGGAAGUGCUAAUAUGGCCUUUCUAGACAGGCCUUGCUGUUAUUCAUCACUUUUAAAGGGAUGGAUCACCCAAUGCUAUAACUGAAUGCUAUGGAAGUAGUUAGAGAUUGGGAGGAGAGAGGUGAUUAUUUAAAGCCUCAAAAGUUGACAAUAUGUAUUUUUUUUCUCUCAACCAGUGAGGAUCUUUACAUGGAAAUGCUCCAGAAGUAUUUUUCAAGUUACAUAGAGAAUAGAGCUAUAGAUGUAUUCCAAUCAUAUACUGAUCAUUUUGGUCACUGCUUCAGGUUUUGUAAUAAGCCAGUAUAUUUGUGGCACUUCAGCCAUAUUCUUUGCCAUAAAAUGUUUAUAAUAUGAACUUGUUAUAUUUAGAGAUGGCCAUUGUAUAAAUUGCUGGAUAUAAUAUAAAAUAGAAUGUAUUUAUAACAAAUAAAUGUUAAAUGCUUUAAAAAUAUGA